UGGCUGAGCAGUUCUUACAAGCACAGUUCUAAUCCUGAUACUGCCUAGCAUACAUGACAGCAGAAAGAAAGAUAGCUCAGCUAGUCCUUCUCAGCUGCUCACCUCCAGUCUGCAGACAUGAAUGACAUCAAGUUGGCUCUGCUGGGCAGCGAGGGAGCAGGGAAAUCAGCUGUUCUGGUAAGGUUCCUGACAAAACGUUUCAUUGGAGAGUAUGCUUCCAACUCCAACUCCUUAUACCGUAAAAGGCUCUCCAUCGAAGGAAGACUGUUACACUUGGAAGUAUUUGAUCCGUGUUCACAGAGUGGAGAGAGCAAAUGUAUCCUGGAAGAGCCGGUGGAGUGGGCCGAUGGAUUUAUCGUGGUGUACAACAUCAGCGACCGAACGUCCUUCCUCAACGCCCAAAACAUCCUAUGUCAGAUCAAAGAAGCCCGCGGAGAGAGCUGCAAGGGAGAGAUGGACAAGAUGGACAUCCCAAUCUGCCUGGUGGGGAACAAGCAGGACCUGUGCCACGCCCGUCAGGUGUUUGAGGAGGAGGGCUGUGCCUUGGCUCAGGAGCACAGAUGCCACUUCCAGGAGGUGUCUGCAGCAGAGGACUACCUGGAGAUAUCCAACCUCUUCACCAAGCUCAUCCGCCACGUCAUGGAUCACCUGAAGUACCGGGCCGACCGCCGCCGCUACAGUGGUUCUAAGUCCAUGGCCAAGCUCAUCAACAAUGUCUUCGGCAAGAGGAGGAAAUCUGUCUGAAGGUGGGGGUGCUCAUGUGGACGUUGAUGGGAUGUUUGAUUGGGGUGACUUGUGUUUAUAUGUUGUGGACGCCUGGGUUGUUGAUUCUGAUGAACACUUCUUGUGAUAGGGACAGGGACAGCUCUGUAAGUGUGAAUGACAUACGUCAUAGUCCAGACUUUACAGUGGUGGAAAAAGUACUAAAAUGUCAUACUUGAGUAGAAGUGAAGAUACCUUAAUAGAAAAGUGAAAGUCACCCAGUAAAAUACUACUUGAGUAAAAGUCUAAAAGUAUUUGGUUUUAAACAUACUUAAGUACCAAAAGUAAAGUAUUAAUAAUAAAAAAUGCCUUAUAUUAUGCAAACCAGAUGGCACAAUUGGUAUAUUUUUUAUUUAUUUACGGAUAGCCAGAGGCACACUCCAACACUCAGACAUUAAUUUACAAAUGAAGCAUUUGUGUUUAGUUGGUCCGCCAGAUCAGAGUCAGUAGAGAUGACAAGGAUGUUCUCUUAAUAAGUGUGUGAAUUGGACCAUUUUCCUGUCAAAAUGUGACGAGUACUUUUGGGUAUCGGAGAAAAUGUAUGGAGUAAAAAGUACAUUAUUUUCUUUAGGAAUGUAGUAAAGUAAAAGUAGUCAAAAAUAUAAAUAGUAAAGUGAAGUACAGAUACCCUAAAAAAACUACUUAAGUAGUACUUUAAAGUAUUUUUACUUAAGUACUUUACACCAUUGAGACUUUAUCUGUAGCCCCUGUUUACUGUCGAUUGUGUAACAUCUACGUAUUUAGCAACAGCUGACCCUACUUAAUGUCAAGUUUGUCAUGUAAUCAAAUAAUUGUUCUCUUUUUUCAAGAAGUCACUUUGCCAUAAAGAUAUUCUUACAUUUAAAUCCCAUGUUGCCAGUAGAGUAUCCUUCAAUGCUUAAGUUCCUUUCCUAAUUCCAAACUAUUUCAAGGAAAAUUACUUUCCAAAAGUAGUUUUAUGGAUCUAAGAGGAAUAUGCACCAAUGUCUUAAUGUAAAUCCCACCACUCAGAGGAGACAGUAAUAAGGUGAGAAUUAUUGGUAAAUUGCCUCACUAACAACAUCUUAUGGCAUAUGACUUCACAUAAAUCCUAUAGAAUUUCUGCUGUGGCAGUAUUACAUGGGCUGUUUCUAAUUUUAAUCUGUAACAAUGGGUAAAAUUGCUUUUCUGUGGACAGGAACAUAAGCAGCUAGUAUAUUAAUUCCCUACAUAGUAGUAAAGGAAUGUGCAGCUAUUUUUUUUGCAUGUACAUAUUCUGUUGAUUUCCUGUAUUCAAUGUGUUUGCUGAUGUAUUACAACUUUGGAUAGUACGAGCAAAUGUCUGUGAUUGUGUUAUGCAUAAAAACAAACGUUCCCUCUCAUUCUUGUUUCUAGUUGAAAAAUACCCACUGGGCACAGAUGUCAAUUCAAAGUUUAUUUCAUGUUGGUUCAACGUGAUUCAACCAGUGUGUACCCAGUGGGUGAUUAUGCCUGGUGUGGACCAACUUGCAAUUAAAGAGCUAUUUGGGGUAUGAGUAUUGUGUGAAUUAUUCAAUGAACUAAAUAAUGUCCCAUUUGUAUUAUGUGGUUUAAAGUCAAUGAUUCAGCUACGCUCCAAUAGUUUGUUCUGGUGAAACACCUUGCUUUUUUUCAUCCAAUAAUUUUGUUGAAUAGUGCUUUGAAUAUGAAUCGAAUGCAAAACAACCCACAAUUAGCAUACCAGUCAUUGCUUUGGAGUCUCAUUAAAACCGACUGUUGGUAGGAUAAUGUGUAUACAACCCAGCUCAGACCUGCAAGGCUUAACUGCUGUGCUUGGAUUUCAGGGUACUGUUUGCAUGUGAUCAACUAUCUCAUCUAGUGAUUGUUAUCUUUGCAAAGAGCAGAAACAUUGAUUUAACUAAGCUUGUAAUGUCUUUAAAUGUCUGUCAAAUGUCUGUCUUUAGCAUGUCUGUCCAAAAUGUUAUCCCUAAGUUUGAAAUGCUUUUUUAGUUUGGCUCAGUUCUUAAUAAGGAAUUUAAUAUCACAAUAAUGUUUUAUGUCUUUUCCAUUGUGUUGUAUUUAUAAAAUGUGGUCAUAUGUUGAUAGACAAUAAAAUUGCAAAAGUGUAUUA